AUGAAGGAAUUUGAAUCAUUUGCAAAUCCCGUUACAAGAUCAAAUAGCCCAGACUCCGAAACUAGAAGCACAAGUGCAAAAAGUGAUAAUGAAACCCCUAAUAUGCCUACUAUUAAAAAAACUAAGGUUGGUCGAAGAGUUAAUAUUGAAGUCACAUAUGCCAUUUGUCAAGUAUUAAAUGAUUCAGAUAAAGAACAUUGUAACAUUCAAUUAAAAACUUCAAGUGGCUCGACAUCAAACUUAAUAACCCACCUCUUAAGUGCUUAUGGUAUUACACAGAAUGGGCCUGGAUUAUCUGGACCAGACAGUGACAACAGCAAAUCUACACAAACUAAAAUUGACUCAUUCAUAAAGAAUACAUACCCUCAUAGCAAAUCGAAGAAUAAUAAGCUCACUAUGACUCUCAUUAAAUUUAUUAUCUGUGAUGCCCAACCGAUUAGUCUUGUGUCAAGCCAAUUUUUUUGUGAGUUCGUAAAGGAAUUAGAUCCAAUGUUUAAUAUUCCCAAUGAAAAAAGUCAUAAGAUUAAAAAUGCACUAUACAGUGUGCUUUUACAUUAUUGGGACUUAUCUGAUGGUGAUGCAUUUCUUGUUUGCCUCCUUGAUCCGAGAUGUAAAAAAUUGAUGCUUGCAACACCAACCCAGAGACACCAAGCUGAGACUGCCCUUCGCAAUAAAUAUAAUGAAAUUAAAUCUCUUUAUAAAGCCUCAACAUCAUCUAAUAAAUCUUUUAGCCCUCGUGAAGAUCAAGACAAACAAGAAGGGCAACGUCAGAUUUAUCAAAAAACAUUUUUUAAGACAGUUUUUAUGCAAAAUACUUCUGAAGAGUUAAAUGAUGAGCUUGAUAAUUAUCUUUCUUUACCCGAAAUCUAUUAUAAAUCUGACCCUUUUAACUCUCUAUAA